GCACCGGGCCGGUUGAGGUGAAAGGCCAGCAACAUGGCGCUGGCCAUUCAGCUACCCCGCUCUGUGAUCGCCAGGCUGCUGACUGGGAGAGCCGCCCGCCCGGCCCUGCUCGGGCCGGCGGAGACUUUGCCACCCUUCCCCGGCUACUGCUGCCGCUGCCGCCUCAGCCUCAGCUCCUGGGCUGCCCCCGGGGCUGGCUGGGCCCGGGCAGCGGCUGCCCCCCGCCUCAGCCGCCGCCGCCCCCUUCUGAGCCCUGCCCAGCGCCCGGCAGCCGCCGCUCCCGCUGCCUUCAUCCUCCCCGGCCCCGGCCCCUGCCUCUCGCCUCCCGAGCGGAGCUACAGCAGCACCGAGGAGCCGCAACCGCAGCCACAGCCGCCGCGCCAGCAGACCAGGGUGAUGUACCUGGGGCUGUUCAACCCCGUCGUGUGGCUCCGCACCCGCGUCUACGCCUUCCUCAUCUGGGCCUAUUUCGACCAGGAGUUCAGUAUCACCGAGUUCACCGAGGGAGCGAAACAGGCUUUUACUCAUGUAUCUAAGCUGCUUUCUCAGUGUAAAUUUGAUCUUCUGGAAGAGCUUGUCACCAAGGAGGUACUCCAAGUGUUGAAGGAAAAAGUUGCUUCACUGCCUGACAACUAUAAGACUGCACUUGCUGCUGAAUUAGAUGAAAUUGUAUACACUGCAACAGGUGACAUCUCCAUUUACUAUGAUGAUAAAGGAAGGAAAUUUGUUCACAUCCUGAUGUGCUUUUGGUAUCUAACCAGUGCCAAACUCCCUGAUGAGACGUUAAGUGGAACCAAAAUAUUCCAAGUUCAGCUAGGGGAUCAGAAUGUAGAAACUAAACAGCUUCUUAGUGCAAACUAUGAAUUUCAGAGAGAGUUUACACAAGGAGUGAAACCUGACUGGACGAUUGCAAGGGUGGAACAUUCAAAAUUAUUAGAAUAAUCAUCUUUCUCUUGGAAAAUCAGGUUUUGGACUUUUAAGAACUGCUGUGACAAACUAAAAAUAGAACUUUUUGGAUCACUUGUUCUCCACAUAAUCUAUUCUGUGGAUUAAUUUUGUAUUACUUUGAAAUAUUUACAGUAUCUUGGUGUUACACAAUAAAAAAAAUUUUGCAGAUCUUUACCA